AUGCGCGUUUCUCGAGCAGGACGUCGCAACCAAAGCCUGCGCAGAGCUUCCUUCGGCGCUGUUAGCAUUCAUCAAACUCGCGACUUAUCGCCGCACGGUUUACACGAUAAAACAGCCGGUCGUACACCACCAUCCCUGAAGUACGGCCGCUACAACGUCAAGCGCCACCGAUCCGACCGAUGGACAAGAGCUGGGCCACACCCGACUUCACAUAUGUCCCCAGACCCGGUUCGACGCCGACGGUUCGAUGCAUUCCACCCUCAGCUUCGCGACAACACCUUGCCCGCGAAGAUGGACGCCUUCUGGUGGCGCCUGUUCACCACGCUCGGGGGCUUGCUCCUGGUAGCACCAGCACAAGCAAAGAGCACGGCAUACAUAGAUGGCACUGACCUAGAUGGCGUGACAAGGCAAUUGGCCGUUGGCAGGACGCCUGCCUUGUACACGGGGGACUUUGGGGACUGUUUAGGCGGGCAGAGCCUCCUCAACGUCACCAAAUUCGACGCCGCUUUCUACCGCGACAAUUCCACCGUUUUGUUCCACCUUGAUGGCUUUACUAACCUGAAGAGUGAGAGUUUGAUGUUAUACAUCUCUCUGGAGACAUACGGGGUGCCAAGUUUCAACAUGACCGUGGAUCCGUGUUCUGUGGGUGUCAACAGUCUAUGCCCGAUGAACGCCAGCGUUCCCAUCACAGCCUUUGCCGCUUUUCAAGUUGCGGCCGACCAGGUUUCCGGAAUACCCAGGAUCGCGUAUGAAUUGCCGGACUGCGAUGGCUACGCAAGGAUUCAGCUGUUCGCCAAUUCCAGCCAGACUGAGAUCGGUUGUUUCCAAGCUGUGCUUAGAAAUGGUGCCUCUUUCUCCCAGCCAAAAGCUAUCAGCUCCAUCCUAGCGGUCUUCACCGCAGUGGCCGUCGUGGCAUCAUUUGUGACUGCGGCGUAUGGAGUCAGCCUGCCUCACAUGAGGUCCCACUACGCACAUUCUUUAUCAGUACUUGUCGUCUUCGAGACGUUGCAGUCGAUUUUCUUCUCGGGUGCCUUAUCUUUACCAUGGCCAAGCGUGCUCACCGCGUGGUGGUCCAAUUUCGCUUGGGCAUCUGGAUUCAUACCAGCGCCUGGCAUGGUACAAUCAGUCGACUCUUUCGCCGGUAUCAGUGGCAACACUAGUCAGGUCGGAGGAGCAGGUUCUACUAUCAUCAACAACAAUGGCGGUAGCCUGGUUCAGCAAAUCUAUGGCCGCUCGCUGGCGGUUCAGACAUUCACCAAUCUGGCAAAACGUACUCCAGGGUGGGCAGAGCACUUCGGCAAGGUGAUCAAACGACAGGCACCCGAUCCGGACGACCCAUAUGCUUACGAUUGGAACGGCAAUCCUGUGGCUCCCGGAAUUCCCAUCCCAGGGGACUGGAGCGGUUUCGCAGGCACCCUUUCGGUGCUCCGGAUCCCGGCAGCUGAUGCAUUUAUGGUCGCUUUCAUCUGGCUUUUGAUCGUGCUUGCGAUCGUGAGCUCGCUUAUAACGGCCUUUAGAUUUACCCUAGAGGCUUUGGCAAAGCUCAAGUGGAUCAAGCCAGAUCGCUUCGAUUUCUUUCGAGUGCAUUGGAAGGACUAUGUGAGAAUGUCCCUUUUGAGGACACUCUUCAUUGCCUUUCCGUCUAUCUGCAUCAUGGCGACAUUUCAGUUUGCUCAUGGUGGGCGGACAGGUCCAGUCGCCAUUGCUGCAAUCGUCUUUACAGCAAUACUCCUUGGCAUUGGUGGACUCGCUCUAUACGCUCUGCGCGUCCGGCUGCGCUUUGGGAAGUUCGCAUCCGAGCCUGACCGUAUCCUACUCGUCCGAGGAACCUUUCUAGGCUGCAUUCCAUCGCCCGUUCCGCUUCGACUGAGUCAGAUAAGGGAACAGGAGUUUGCGGAACGACCCUUGGGCUCGCUCCCUUUUGUGCAUUGGCACUUCAUUGAUGAUGAUCCGAACCGGAUCAAAGUCCACCACGAUCAGCCGUACAUUGAACGUUUCGGCUGGCUCUUCGCCCGUUUCAAGCUGUCAAGGUGGUGGUAUUUCGUCUUCUGGCUUGGCUACCAACUUGUUCGGGCUUGCUUCAUCGGCGCUGCUACGACAAGCCCUUUGGCUCAGGUCUUUGGCCUCUUCAUCGUCGAUGUACUGUCCUUUGUCGUCAUAACAGCUAUAAACCCAUACGAAGGGCAAAGAAACACUACCCUCGCAGUUUGGCUGCUAGGCCUCGCCAAGAUUGCCACUACAGGCCUUUCCAUCGCCUUCCUGCCCGACUUCAGCAUCGACCGCAUCCUUGCAACCAUCAUUGGUGUCGUCAUUGUAGUGAUACAAGCACUAUUGACGAUUGCAUUGAUUUUCCUCAUCAUUAUAGGCAGCGUCUCUUCGUGGUUUUCCCUUACUAGGAAUCGUGAGUACUUCACAUCAGAAAAGCUCGAGGACAUCAGAAUCAAGUACUUCGAGCAUGUCAACGCGACUGCGCCGGAGAGGAUCGAACAAGCGAAGGAGAGCCUGCAGUCAAAGCGGACCUCUUCGGAACCCGAUGAAAAGCCCCAAGAGCCGCCCAAAGAGUCAGCAUUCUCCGUCAAAAGUGUGCGGCGGAUUUCCAAAAUUGAGGACGAGGACUAUGAUCAUCUGGCAGAUAUGGAACCGCAAAACGCCGGUCCCUCUACAUUCAAUCCCGGGCCCAUGAAUCGUACGCGACGAACCAACAGCGUCAGUUCAAGGCAUUCGGUCAGCAGUCUACCGCGUCGAGCUCGCUCGCAUAGAACUUCAUGGAGCUCCCGAGACUUCAACUCGUGGCAGGCGGAAUUGGAUCGACCAGGAACAGCCCUGGCUCAGCGGCUCAAUGAAGGACAUACCUCUAACCAAUCAACCGUCAGUGCGGAGGGUGUGCUCAAGCAUCAGACCUCGAGAACGAGUUUUCGCGCUACUGAGACGCCGGUUCCCGGCAGUCGGCCAAUGAGUCCAGCACAAGAGGAGGUUGAGAGGAAGGGCACAGAAGACGGACGAAGAAGUGACCAGUAUGCCGAGCAGGAACGUAUCGACGAAGCAUCGGAGACUUCAUCCAAGUAUACGCAAUGA